CCAUGGCCGUACCUAUUGCAGUUCUUGACUGUGACCUCCUGCUCUACGGCCGUGGACACAGGACUUUGGAUCGUUUCAAGCUGGAGGAUGUCACGGAUGAGUAUCUAGUAUCCACAUACGGCUUUCCCCGACAGUUCAUUUACUACCUGGUGGAUCUCCUGGGAGCCAGUCUCUCUCGCCCUACACAGCGGUCCAGGGCCAUCAGUCCAGAGACGCAGAUACUUGCUGCAUUGGGUUUCUAUACCUCCGGAUCCUUCCAGACUCGCAUGGGGGAUGCUAUCGGCAUUAGUCAAGCCUCCAUGAGCCGCUGCGUUGCCAAUGUAACCGAGGCAUUGGUGGAAAGAGCCUCACAGUUUAUUCACUUUCCUGAGGAUGAAGCAACCAUGCAGAGCCUGAAGGAUGACUUUUAUGGGCUGGCAGGCAUGCCGGGAGUGCUGGGGGUGGUUGACUGCACCCACGUGGCAAUCAAAGCACCAAACGCUGAGGACCUGUCCUAUGUGAACCGAAAGGGUCUCCAUUCUCUGAACUGCCUGAUGGUGUGUGAUGCCAGAGGAGUCCUCCUGAGUGCAGAAACGCACUGGCCAGGCAGCCUGCCCGACUGCACGGUGUUACAGCAGGCAGCCCUUACAAGCCAAUUUGAAACUGAGCUACAUAAAGAUGGCUGGCUACUUGGUGACAGUUCCUUCUUUCUCCGAACGUGGUUGAUGACCCCUCUGCAUAUCCCCGAGACACCUGCUGAAUAUCGUUACAACAUGGCACAUUCUGCCACUCACAAUAUCAUUGAGCGGACGUUCAGAACCAUUCGGUCGCGUUUCCGCUGCCUGGAUGGGUCCAAAGGCACCCUGCAGUAUUCUCCAGAGAAAUCCAGCCACAUUGUUCUGGCCUGCUGUGUACUUCAUAACAUCUCCUUAGAACAUGGGCUGGAUGUGUGGUCUUCCCCGGCCACAGGACACAUGGAACAACCGGAAGAAGAGUAUGAGCAAAUGGAAUCAAUGGACUCGGAAGCCUGUCGUAUUCGUCAGGAGCUUUUACUCACUCAUUUUAGCUAA